AUUCUCGGCCCUUCCAAUUCUCCCUAUGAGGGAGGGCACUUUAAAUUAGAUAUAUUAUUUCCAGAUAACUACCCGUAUGUCCCGCCUCAUGUACAAUUUACGACUCAGAUUUACCACUGCAACAUCACCAGUGGCGGCCACAUAUGCCUGGACAUACUAUCGAACAACUGGUCGCCUAUCUUGACGGCAGAUAAAGUUCUCCUAUCGAUCAUGUCGCUGCUAGCAGAUCCCAAUCCUGACGACCCCAUGGAAAUCGUAGUUGCCAACAUGUACAAGAGGGACCGAGAGCAGCACGACCGAGUCGCCAGAGAGUGGACCACACUCUACGCCAUGCCAUAAGUUCUAUUUUGAUAAGCAUGCACAUAAUGCACAGUAACACCACCCAGAAAUUUAUACCCAUAUUCAUACA